CUUCGUAAAUUACGGUAGCUUGGCCUUCCCUUCCCUUAGCGGGGCUUCAGAAACAGCAGAUGCGCCAGAUGACUGGCUGGCAGCUGCGCGGCCGUGCCCUGCCCUGCUGGGACUUUUCUCGGGUUCCACUCCACGACUUCUUUCUUUCUUCCACCUCGCCUCAUCCACCAUCGCCCUCUUCGCCUUCUGACAACAACAACAACACUCCUCCACUGUCCAUCAUUCUAACAACAGGACUGCCCAACACAGCAUCUGCACAACAAUCCCGCCGCUCUCAGCUACCAAACGCCCGCGCUCAGCUCAGCUCGAGUCGCCCAGAACACGUCUGUAUCUGCCUUCCAAGCAGACCGAAACCCACUCUCCAUCUGCCCCCAAAGGAAGCAUUUCCUUUCACCGCACUCAACUCCCUCUACCAACAACAAUAAACCGACCAGCAUAUCAACAGAUACAUCUGCGUUAUAUGUAUCUCACACCCCACGCCAACGACCUCAGACACCAGCCGCCUCUCGAGCUGCAACCAUUUCGCAUACCGCGGAAACCUUGUAGCCCCUACUUCAGUAGCAACGGCUAAUACAACCUCUCCUCGUCGAAUGUCGCGUUAAAAAUCUACAUCCAAACAUCUCCUUCUGUGCCCUCUCGCUCCCUCCGCCGUCGCAUCCUCUGCAUGUCAUAUGUCGCAUCAUCUGGUCGUCUAACGGUCCAAAUUCUAUCCUGAUCCACACAGAAAAAAUUGUUCAAGGAACAUCAAGCAAAUCGCAAUCAUGGCUACUAUCAACAUUCGAAGCGAUGUGAAGGAUCCCUUCUACCGCUAUAAGAUGGAGAAGCUCCAGUCCAAGAUUGAAGGCAAAGGAAACGGUAUUAAGACCGUCAUUGUCAAUCUCAGUAGCGUUGCCCAAUCUUUGGCACGCCCGGGAGCCUACGUAAUCAAGUACUUUGGUUUCGAACUCGGAGCCCAAACCAACUCCAACCCGGCCGACGAUCGAUGGAUUAUCAAUGGUGCCCAUGAGGCAUCCAAGCUUCAAGACUACCUUGAUGGCUUCAUCAAUAAGUUCGUUCUCUGCAAGAAAUGCAAGAACCCCGAGACCGAUGUGGUUAUCAAGGAUGGUCAUAUUGUACUUGACUGUAAGGCCUGUGGUCAAAGAUCUGAUGUUGACCUCCGCCUCAAGCUCAGCGGUUUUAUCCUCAAGAACCAGCCAAAGCCAAACAAGAAGAACAAGGCUGAUAAGAAAGCUGCCCGUAAAGCUAAGCAAAAUGGCAAUGCCAAUGGCGACGAGAAUGGACAUAACAGCGGAAGCGAGAACAACUCUGAGAAUGGAUCCAACGAGAACGGAGAUGUUGAUGUUGAGGCCGGCAGCGAUGAUGAACUGACUCGCCGUAUCAAUGACGGUGCCCUGGAGCUUGAUGAAGUGGCUGAGGUCAAGGAUGAUGAGUGGACCGUUGACAUGUCUCCCGAAGCUGUCAAAGCUCGUCAGCAGCAACUCCCUGAUGAUCUCAAGCAGAAGCUUGUACUUGGCGAUGACGAAGAUGAGGAUGGGGAAGGUGGAGGUAACUCUGCCUAUGACCAACUUGGCAACUGGAUCACCAGCGAGGCCGAAGCCAAAGGUGGUGUCAGCAACGUUGAAGAUGUCGCCAUUUACUUGAAGGCGAAGGAGUUUGGUAUCGAGACAAAGCACCGUACUCUGCUCGUCCUGGUUCAGACCAUCUUUGAUGACAAGAUCGCCAAGCAGAUCCCUGCCCGAGCCUCCAUGCUCAAGAACAUGGUCACAUCUGAGAAGCACCAGAAGGCUCUCCUCGGUGGUGUUGAACGAUUCAUCGGUCUCAAGGGCCAGAACGAUCCCAAGUUCUACGAAGAGACCCCCAAGGUCCUCAUGGCCCUCUACAAUGAAGACAUUCUCCCGGAGGAUGUCCUCACCAAGUGGGGUACUAAGGCCAGCAAGAAGUAUAUCGAUCUUCCCACCAGCAAGAAGGUCCGCAAGUCUGCUGAGGUCUUCCUCAACUGGCUCGCUGAGGCCGAGAGCGACGAUGAUUCCGAGUAAACAUCUAAACAUGACUCUCGUCUAGAUCGCAUUUAUCGCUCUCCUGCGUUGGCAUGGCAGAUUGAUGUUUCUAGACAUAUAGUAUAGGAUGACAGACAUGGCCAUUUGGCUUGCGUUUGGUAUUCUUGGUAUCGCGGCUUGAUGGAAUGGUUAGAUUGGGUUUGUUUACCGUUUGGUAGAUUUGUCUGAUUUUGAUCGGCGCUUCUUUUACUGUGUUCUUCUCACCUCCCCUCGUUCUUUCACGGUGCUUGAACAGAAAAGUCAUGUUUGUGCCAGUAGCAA